AUGUCCUCGGUCGGCCAGUCCCUCGGAGCCGUGAACCGCGUCUUCGUCAAGCGGACGCGCCGCGGCCAGGUCCGCACCUUUGUGAGGCAGCUCUACCUCCGCGACGACCUUCCGACAGGCUCGCCGCACCUCGAUGACCUCUCGCUCGAGCCGCGGCUCCUGGGCAGCACCUACAUCGUGCUUGACACGAACGUGGUGCUGCACCAGAUUGACCUGCUCGAGAGGGCCAGUGUGCGCGACGUCAUCGUGCUGCAGACGGUCGUUGACGAGGUCCGACACAACAAGGUGAGCGUGCACAAGCGGCUGCGCGCGCUCAUCGACGACGCGUCGCGCCGGUUCAUCGUCUUCUCCAACGAGUUCCACCGCGAGACGUACACGCAGCGCGAGCCCGGCGAAUCUCCAAACGACCGCAACGACCGCGCCAUUCGCGUCGCGACGGCGUG